AUGAAAGGCGAGAUUGUCAGCACUACUGAAGUCGAGGCUAUACUGCAUCCACAGAAAGGAGUGACUGAUGCGACUGUCUAUGGAGUGACCGUACCUGGACGAGAAGGUCGGGCAGGAAUGGCAGCUCUGGUUCGAAAUCAUGAAGACAAUGCCACUGAUGAGGAGUUUAUUGAAAGAAUUGGCAGUCGAUUCAGAAAGUCUAGCGCUCUUAUGCUCUAUCACCGUUCAUUCGGUUAUGUCCUGAUAUCGAAAAAAACAGGUAAUGUUCAAAUAUAA